AAGUCUAUUAACUAAUUGGAUCCACCACUUCUUUAAAUUACAUUUACAUCUCGCAAAUAACACCGUUGCACUUUUUUCCGUGUCAAGGCUUCAGCUAGAGGUCGAAGGAAAUAUUAUCACACCAACACUACGAAUAGAGGUACGGUACUUUUCUGAGAAUUCAAGACUUUUCAGUGUGUAAUUAAUUCUACAAUUAUUUAUACAUCACCUAGCUAAUGAGUACCUAGCUAAUACCAUAUUGCCAGUGGCUCGAUCAAUAUUUCACUGUAAUCAUAGAUCUUCGAUUUUCAGUUUAAAUGACAGGCAUCGCUAUAACCCUUGAUUCGUUAUGUUCUUAUCUAUAAUGCACUUGUCAUUCAGCAAUAGCUAACUUAGACAUCAUGCUAUAUACUGCAUACCUGUCCGGCAAAGAAGUCGAUUCAUAAUCAUACUUAAUAACCGUAAUUGCAGGCUUAGUAAUAUCGAAUAUCGAGUAUAACUGCAUUCACAGAUUGACUUUCGCAAUUUUAAGAACAGAAACAUUUAUUCAAUCGGCACGACGAUAGUCCGAACGUUAACCGAAGUCAAUUAAUUGAAAAUCUGGAAAUAUGGAUAGUAAGAGAUAGAAAUGAGCCAUUCAGAAAUCACGUUGAUCAACUCUAUAAAUUGAAGAGCACAUGAAAAUGAUGAUAUUACAAUUAUUAUUGUUUUUAAAUUUAUCUUAGAAUUUACCAUCAUUUACGUCGCUUUCUUACGAUAAGUAAAUUUAUGGAAGUAAAUUUGUUUCUGUAGAAUUGAAUAUUAAUCAUGUGCAUGUGUAAUGAAAUUUAAAAAUUAAUAAAAAGUGCGGUUGGAUCAGUGCCUGUCUUCUGAAUGACUCAAAUGCAAUUUAUGUUAUGACUAUAAUAUAAAUUAUAAAUAAUUAAAAUAGUUCUUUGUCAAUAUAUAAUUUUUAUGGUACUUAAAGUAAACUAGCCAGGGAUUCUUUCUUGAAAUUUCUUUCAUGAAAUUAAUCUAAACUUAGAACAUUCAGCAUUUCAGAAAGUCAGAACACAGUCUACCGAUAUGUUUGACAUUCCUUACUAUAAAAUGCUCGAGAAAUAUUUGCAAAUUGUAGGACAAGAUCCACGCCAAAGAGAUAUAUUCAGAAGUAUUAUUGUGACUAUAAUGGUGACUAGUAUCACAGGCAUUAUCGUUCCAACGUUGUUUGAAGUAUACAAAUCCUUACAUGUCAAGGAUAUGGACGGAGUGAUCGAGUGUAUGCCGCAUUUAAUCGCAGCUAUAACUAGUAUCGUUAAAAUAUUAAAUGUCCAUUUCAACAGAGAAAAUUUUAGAAAAUUGUUCGAAUUUGUGAGGAAACAAUGGGAGGAACUGAAGUUAACCGAUGAUUUACGCGUUCUGGAGGAAGUCACCAUUCGAGGCAGCAAAAUGGCACAACUGUACCGAAAUACUUUAUUGAUCUUCAUGGUACUGUUCUUGCUGGUUCCAUUACUUUUUCCUAUUCUGGAUGUCGUCCUUCCAUUAAAUGAAACUCGUCCGCGACAACAAUUAUUUAGAGUUAAUUACAUAUUUUUUGAUCAUGAAGAGUACUUCUUUUACAUAUAUUUACAGCUUGCAUGGGGAUCUGUCAUUGUUGUGAUGAUAAUAGUUACCGUGGAUUCGUUAUAUAUCCUUAUAAUCCAUCACAGUAGUGGAUUAUUUGCUGUGUGUGGGCAUCAAGUCCAUAAAGCAACUGGUAGUUCAAUCAUAUUCUCUACAGAAGCUAUGACGGAGACUUACACGUACGAACAGAUAAAAUAUUGUGUGAUCACUCACGAUAAAGCGAUCGAGUUUUACAAUAUUCUAAAUGAAAACAGUCGAAGUAGUUAUUUGCUUCAAGUUGGAUUAAAUAUGAUGGGUAUAAGCAUGACAGCUGUUCAAACAGUCGCUAACUUAGACAGACCGGCGGAAGCAAUUAGAACCGGCAUAUUUCUUGGAGCUGAACAAUUUCAUUUGUUUGUGAUCAGUCUGCCUGGGCAGGUACUUCUGGAUCAUUGUUCUGAUUUAGCAAAUAAUAUAUAUGGGUCCACCUGGUAUAAAAUACCAGUAAAAAUUCAAAAAAUGCUUCUCAUGAUGCAAAUACGGAGUAAAAAACUGUGUACAUUAACGGCAGGUGGUUUGUACGAAAUGAAUAUGGAAAAUUUUGCAAUUACUUUCAAGACAUGUAUGUCGUACUUCACGAUGUUAAUGUCACUGAGAGAAUGAGCUGGCUCAUAGACAUUUACUCAUAUUCAUUGCAUUUUAUAUCUGGAUGGACCUACAAUGAGAAUAAUAAGAUAA